AGUGCAACUCGAACUUGGUCGCGGCACGGAUCCCGUGAAGGAAAGUCCUCCCCGCCGCCCGGAGUUGCACUCGCGAGCUGGACGGCCAGGCCUCCCCGACCCUUCCCCCUCAGUCCUGCAGCUGGGGGCAGAGCUCAGACUGUCUUCUGAAGAUUGAUGUCUAUUUCCUUGAUCUCUUUAAUUUUCUUGCCAAUUUGGAUAAAAAUGGCUCAAAUCCAGCAGGGAGGUCCAGAUGAAAAAGAAAAGACCACAGCACUGAAAGAUUUGCUAUCUAGGAUAGAUUUGGAUGAACUAAUGAAAAAAGAUGAACCACCUCUUGAUUUUCCUGAUACCCUUGAAGGAUUUGAGUAUGCUUUUAAUGAAAGAGGGCAGUUAAGACACAUAAAAACUGGAGAGCCGUUUGUUUUUAACUACCGGGAAGACUUGCAUAGAUGGAAUCAGAAAAGAUAUGAAGCUCUGGGAGAGAUCAUCACAAAAUAUGUUUAUGAUCUCCUGGAAAAGGAUUGUAAUUUGAAAAAAAUCUCAAUUCCAGUAGAUGCCACAGAAAGUGAACCAAAGAGUUUUAUCUUUAUGAGUGAGGAUGCAUUGACAAAUCCACAGAAACUGAUGGUUUUAAUUCAUGGUAGUGGUGUUGUGAGGGCAGGUCAGUGGGCUAGAAGGCUUAUUAUAAAUGAAGAUCUGGACAGUGGCACACAGAUACCUUUUAUUAAGAGAGCUGUGGAUGAAGGAUAUGGAGUAAUAGUACUAAAUCCCAAUGAAAACUACAUUGAAGUAGAAAAACCGAAGAUACAUAUACAAUCAUCUUCUGAUAGUUCAGAUGAACCAGCAGAAAAGCGGGAAAGAAAAGAUAAAGUGUCCAAAGAAACAAAGAAGCGACGUGAUUUCUAUGAAAAGUAUCGUAACCCCCAAAAAGAAAAAGAAAUGAUGCACUUGUAUAUCAGAGAAAAUGGUUCUCCUGAAGAACAUGCAAUCUAUGUUUGGGACCAUUUCAUAGCCCAGUCUGCAGCUGAGAAUGUAUUUUUUGUUGCUCACAGCUAUGGAGGACUUGCUUUUGUGGAACUGAUGAUUCAACGAGAAGCUGAUGUAAAAAGCAAGGUAACUGCUGUGGCAUUGACAGACUCUGUUCACAAUGUGUGGCAUCAAGAAGCUGGCAAAACAAUCCGAGAAUGGAUGAGAGAGAACUGCUGUAAUUGGGUUUCUAGCUCAGAACCGUUAGACACAUCUGUGGAGUCCAUGCUGCCUGACUGUCCUCGAGUCUCUGCAGAUACUGAGUUUACAAAACCCACACAUCCACAUUUCUGGAAUUUUUUGAAGGUAAAGGAAAAGAGCAGAAAGUGAAUCUAAGGACUGGCUGUCCUGAAAUCGUUUUGUGAGCAGGCCCAUCAAAGAUGAUCAAGUCUUUAUAAACGAGCCAGUGUGUAUGCUUAUGUAAUAUUAGGGCUAAAAUUUUAAACUUGAAAGCUCCAGUUGUCAGAAGAUCAUAAAGUCUUUACUUUUUAAGGACUGUUAAAAAUCACCUUCUGUGAGAUCUCAGCUUUGGGAUUUUUCUGACAUUUCAAGACUUAAAUUUGAAAGUGUAGAAUCUCUAUAAAUACAACGUUACCACAAGCCCAAAAAAGUCAAGAAAUGCAAAGGUUAGAUUCUUACUAACUGCUCUCCCACAUGAUGCUCUAAAUUGAGAUAAAUAUGUAAUCAGGAAUACUUGAUGUGAAAUAUGAUUUAAAUUAUGACAUAUUAAGUUUUUAAUCUUUGAAUUUUAGAGAAUAAAAUUGUGUAUGUAAAUCAUGUAAUGCCACAUUUUUUGCAUGUGCCCUUAAGGCUUUCAUAUGUUUUCUUCACAUAGUCCCCUCAUUUACAACUUUAUCUUACUGUGGACUAACCAUAUGGGAAAUCCACUAUUUUAAACUUAAGCUAUUUUGGUGGUGUUACUGCAUAAGAAAAUGCUUUUAGAGUAGAGAAAUCAUAUUUUUUAACCAGAUUACAUAAAUAAAACCCAAUUUUUAUCUACUGGUCAUUCCUUAAUUCAUUUAAAAGUAUGUAACUUUAAUCCCUAAAUAUUUCCAGAAAUUUUGCUCUGCUUUGGCUAAUUGAUAAAAGAAGGUAAUAAAGGAGGCAUGCUAUGA